UCGAGGUACAAAUAAAUAUCGACGGUUGACUGACAUUUGAAUACCCCAUUCUUCUCCACUGAAUUUUUGUCCUUAACUAUGCUUUCAACACUUCAUGAGAACACGACAUUAUGUGCUGAUAAUUUCAUGGACUGACCUCUCCUUAAUAAAUAAGUAGCCAUCUGUUGAAUGGAUACAUCUAAGUAAUUUGUGUGUAUGUGCAGAGAGGUUAGAUGAUUUACACUAGCUCGUGAUUUGGACAUUGGAAUUUGUAUGGAAAUACUUUGAAAUAUGUGUGUUACCACUUGAUUGACCAAUCAGGUGUCACAUUAGCGAGCAUUUUGUCUCAACAUCUUGAGUAUGUAGUAUAUUUUAGCAAGGGUGAAAUAUGUCAGUUUAUGUUACCAUUCCAUAUCCGACGGAAAAUCUGGAUGUAUUAUUUUGUCGGCUUGAAAAUUGUUAUGGAGUAUCUGCAGCAUUAUCUCAAGAUAAACUUAAAAUAUGCGGAACUGCAGAUAAACUGAAUGCAGCUCAAGAUUACGCACUGCGUUUUAUUAGUCCAGAAUCGGUUUCAAUUAGUACGAUUACUUCAAUGGAUUGUUUGGAAUUAUUCAGUAAUCCAACAAUAAUUUAUCAUUUUGAACUGACGUACAAUAUUGUCAUAAUUAUUAAAAAAUCUAAUGUAUUGAUCAUUAAAGGAUGUGCACGUGGAAUCAGACGUUUUUCACGAAUUUUACAUUUAUUAGAGUCAUUUUUAAAAGUCAAAUGUGCUCAUUUAAGCGAUUUAAAAGUCUCAAUUUUGAAGACAUUAUGUGAGAAGUAUUCCGUGAACUAUAAUGGUUUACAGUGCACUAACGCAAUGAAGCUAGCUCUCAUAAAUUAUUUCAUUUCCUUAGAAAAACCUGAGGCUACUGUAAUUUCUGAUAGUCUCUUAGUUGAUUCAGCAGUUGAAAAUGUACAUUUUGUAGAGGCUUAUCGUAAGUGUGAAGCAAGUAACUCAGAAUCAAUUAAUCUAGAUAAUGAAUCGAACCCAUUGUCUUUAUUAACAAAUUCUUCUAAGAUAAAGUCAGAUAAAUCGUUACAACCUCGCUUAAGACCCAUUAUAAUUGACGGUAGUAAUGUGAGUUUCGCCCAUGGAAAACAAAAAGAAUUCAGUGUUCAGGGAAUUCGUCUAGCCUUAGAUUACUUCAAAAAACGUGGCCAUAAAGAUAUAGUUAUUGUAGUACCUAGACAUUAUCAAGGCAAAGGUGGCCGUUAUUUCGAUGAACUUGAGCAUUCUGGUAUGUUGACUUAUACACCAUCACGAACUUUGAAUCAAGAAAGACAAGCAGUGUAUGAUGAUCGCGUAAUCUUGCAAUUGGCAGCUGAUAAGAAUGCAGUCAUCAUAUCCAAUGAUCAAUAUCGUGAUCUUAUGUCGGAAAAUGCUAAAUUUAGAAAACUUAUUGAAACAAGACUACUUCCAUACGUAAUGUCAGGGAACACAUUUCUUCUUCCUGAAGAUCCUUACGGCCCUAAAGGUCCAUCCUUAUCUGAAUGUUUAACAAUAUCAAAUUCAACCAAGGAUUAAUUGGGCUAAUCUUUUCAUAUCUGCCUUCUUCGAAUGCUACUUUAUUUAACCCAAGUUUCGGGAGAAGCAGGAACGAAUGAUUAUCUUCAUCUUGAAUUAUUGGUUUAUUUCUUUAUGUAUAAAACGCUCCAGAAAUGUUUGAUUUAUGAAUUCAGAGAAAACCUUCAUUUAUUCAAAUUACUUAAAGUUUUUUGUUACUCUCUUGUCUUACAUUCGUUCAAUAAAUAAGAUGUUUAAGUCGUGAAAUAACUACAGUAUCUGUAUUUGAGGAUGAUUUAUUCAUUAAAUAAAAGUGAUCAAAAUGUUAUUUCCACCUGUUAAUCAACUCUAUUUUUUAGUUGUAAUACUUCCGUAACCAAAUCGAUCGUUUCAGUUAGG